UGCAUUCAUAUACUAAAAAGAAAAAGUGAAAGUAGCAUCCCAUUCUCAUUUCUCAUUUCUCAUCUCUUUAUAAAUCUAUAGUCUUCGCUAAGUCGUUGUUUCUUUCUCUCACUCACAAGAAAACAAGUCAAGAGUGAAGAUCGAAAUUCGAAAAUGGGGGAAUCGAAAAACGACACCGUUCAUUCUCCAAUUGUGACCUAUUUUUCCAUGAUAUCACUUCUCACACUAUGUCCUCCUUUUGUUAUUCUACUAUGGUAUACAAUGACUGCUGCAGAUGGAUCAAUUUUGCGUACAUUUGAUUACUUGAUUAAUAACGGCUUAAACGGCUUUGUUGAUUUAUGGCCUAAGCCGACUCUUCUUGCAUGCAAAAUCAUUGGAGUUUACGCCGUUUUUGAAGCCGCGCUUCAGCUUUUCCUUCCUGGUCACACUGUUUAUGGUCCUAUUUCUCCCUCCGGUAAUCGACCUGUUUACAAGGCGAAUGGUGUUGCUGCAUAUUUAGUCACCUUGGUUACUUAUGUUGUUCUUUGGUGGUUUGGGAUAUUCAACCCAACAAUCGUUUAUGAUCAUUUGGGAGAGAUAUACUCAACACUCAUCUUUGGGAGCUUUAUCUUUUGUAUUUUCUUAUACAUAAAAGGUCAUUUGGCACCAUCUUCUACUGAUUCUGGCUCAUCUGGGAACAUAAUCAUUGAUUUUUACUGGGGUAUGGAGCUCUAUCCACGCAUUGGAAAAUAUUUUGACAUAAAAGUUUUCACAAACUGCAGAUUUGGAAUGAUGUCAUGGGCUGUUCUUGCACUUACCUAUUGCAUAAAGCAGUAUGAAGAAAAUGGGAAAGUAGCUGACUCAAUGCUUGUAAAUACCACACUGAUGCUGGUGUAUGUUACCAAGUUUUUCUGGUGGGAAGCUGGAUACUGGAACACAAUGGAUAUUGCUCAUGAUCGAGCUGGAUUUUAUAUUUGCUGGGGCUGUUUGGUUUGGGUUCCAUCUAUUUAUACAUCUCCUGGAAUGUACCUUGUCAACCAUCCAGUAAAUCUUGGCAUCCAGCUAGCGCUCUUUAUUUUAGUGGCAGGCAUUCUGUGCAUAUACAUCAACUAUGAUUGUGACAGGCAGAGGCAAGAGUUUCGUAGGACAAAUGGAAAAGGCUCGGUAUGGGGAAAAGCUCCAUCGAAGAUAGAGGCCUCAUAUACUACUACUUCUGGGGAAACAAAAAGAAGCCUUCUUUUAACAUCUGGAUGGUGGGGAUUAGCUCGUCAUUUUCAUUAUGUCCCCGAAAUACUAGCUGCAUUCUUCUGGACAGUCCCAGCUCUUUUUAAUCAUUUUUUGCCUUACUUUUACGUGAUAUUUCUUACCAUCCUUCUUUUUGAUCGAGCAAAAAGAGAUGAUGAUCGAUGCAGAUCCAAGUAUGGCAAGUACUGGAAACUCUAUUGCGACAGGGUACCUUACAGAAUCAUUCCAGGAAUAUAUUGAUGAUGACUUGUCUUGAAUCCUUCAAUUGGAGCCAUGUUUAGUUUUUCCCCUCUUCUUUCUGCCUCUGCUUGGUGUACUUAAGAUACAAUGGUGUAGACUAUAGGUGUAAGAAAUAACUCAGUUAUUGUUGAACCCUAUUUUUUAUGCUAUUGUUAUGACUUAGAUUUGGUUCUAGAGUUGUUUAUCAAUAAUGGCAAACGACUUAUUCCGGCGGGUUAACAUCCUCUCCAUUUUUGAAUCAGUUUCAGAGAAUAAUUUUGCUUCUCA